CGUCAUUAGACAGUAUUCAAGUAAUGUUUAGGAAAUAAAAACGUUUAAUUACUAUAUUAGAAAAUGACAUAUAUUUUAAUACUAUUUAGUACAAAUUUACCGAGAUAAUAAAGGUUAGCAAGAUUUUUUUUUUUAAAAAUGAUGACAGAUCUGAGAUGCACAAAAGAACAGUGGAACAUUUUUCAAAAGGGAGAAUGUUAGAUUGAAAUUCUUGUAAACCACACACUGCUCGCUCAUCCCUAUAAAAUCCACAACCAAAUGUUGUAAUAAACAAGACAAAGGAAAAAGAAGAGAAAAGAAAGAAAGGAUGGAGAAGAUAACGCACACGACGGUGGCGGUGAACGGGAUAAACAUGCACGUAGCGGAGUCCGGGGAGGAAGGGCAGCCGUUGGUGCUCUUCCUCCACGGCUUCCCGGAGCUGUGGUACUCCUGGCGCCACCAGAUCCGCUUCCUCGGUGCCAGAGGCUACCGCGCGGUGGCGCCGGACCUCCGGGGCUACGGGGGCACCACGGGGCCCCCCAACGACGACCCUUCGAAGUUCACAUUGUUCCACGUCGUGGGGGACCUCGUGGCUCUCCUCAAGGCGGUAGCGCCCGACCAGGACAAGGUCUUUGUGGUUGGGCAUGACUGGGGAGCAGUGGUGGCCUGGCAUCUGUGCCAGAUGAGGCCAGAGAAAGUCAGGGCUUUGGUCAUCCUCAGUGUUCACCAUUUGCCCAGGGACCCACAUCUCAACCUGGUUGAUCUCUUGAGAGGUAUCUAUGGAGAUGAUCACUACAUGAACAGAUACCAGGAAGCAGGGGAGAUUGAAGCAGAGUUGGCCCCUAUCGGGGUGAAGGAAUGUAUGAAAAACUUCAUGGCGUUCCGCAAACGAGGGCCAUUUUACUUCCCUAAAGGUAAAGGGUUUAGUGCUAAUACAGAUGGUUCGACCGCCACUCCUCUUCCUUCUUGGUUGUCGGAAGAAGAUUUGGAUUACUAUGCGGCUCAGUUUGAGAAGACUGGCUUCACCGGGGGGAUCAACUACUACCGAGCUCUUAAACUGGACUGGGAGCUGAGUGCACCAUGGUCUGACGCAAAAGUGAUGGUGCCAACCAUAUUUAUGGUGGGAGAAGAAGACUUGGCUUAUAAUAUUCCAGGGGCAAAAGAGUACAUACACAAUGGCGGGUUCAAGGAGGUGGUCCCACUGCUGGAAGACAUCGUUGUACUUAAAGGCGUGGCUCAUUACAUCAACCAAGAAGCACCCGAGGAGGUCAACAACCUAAUCUACAACUUCAUUAAGAAGUUCUGAACUUUCUUCAUUAUGAUCUUAUUGCAAACAACG